GAGAGGGUGUUUCUCUCCCUAGCUCACUUUGACGACGAGACUGGGUGUGGAUAUUGUUGCAUGAUUAGCUGCGUGUGCGGCCACACGAGCACCAGCACCGUAGCCUGAGCGAGCACCGCAGCCUCAGCGUCAUCCACUUGACAACGAGGUACACUUCGUGGAUUGCUCCAAGGGCUGGGUCAGCCGCGGCAUCGCCACGAUAGGUCGGUUGUUGGGAGCGGUUCGGGUCAACCCCUGGGGAGACGACAUUGCCAGCAAACUAUGUGGAGGCUGUCCCAUCCAGCCAGCCCUGACUGUGGUACCAGCGACAGGACCGAGUUCGAGGAGGCGCUGGCGGCUGCGAGAAGCGCCCUUGAAGGACGAUCCUGGGGAGCUCUCCAGAGCUACGAAACAGCUUCUAUAAGGCUCCCAGCCCCGGACGGCGCUAUUGAAAGUCGUCAGGAAAAGGUUGCCAACGGUCCCCGCAUCUCGGGGCUCGAGGGUUGGGGAGCUAAUAAGAACCUUUCUUUUGCCGGAUCAUUCGCCACCAUCUACACGGCUGCUGAUAAGAAUCCGUUGUUCCUGAACCCAAAUAGCCAGGAAGCCAUCAACCUGGUCGCCGGGCUUAAGCGGUCCUUGGGGUCCUCGGACGCUUCAAGGGCUGAGACCACCCGCUCAGCUGAAAACGAAGACGGGCGGGCUGCUAUCGUUACGUGCCUAGAGUCGGUCAGGUUCACCAAUGAGGACCUGAGGUCACUCUGCAUGCCGUACGUCGUGGGGCUAUGGAGGGCGUGUUCGGGUCCUGCUGUGGUGCUCAGGCACCUCCUCCCCGUGGUGUUCGCUACUGGAACCAGAGCUAUUUACGAGUGUUUCGCCUACGUCUGCCGCCUCACCGUAAGGUUGGAGAGCCUAACGGAGGGUGAAAAAGAAGGGUUUGAGGCAUCCGAGGAAUUUCUCAUCUCUAGGUCGGGUAUGUAUUCUGGGGUUGACGAAGGGGUGCUAACUGGGUAUACCUGCUUCUUGUUAAACUUCAUAGUCGAGGACGUCAUCGGCGAUAGAGUGAGCGGUCCAGGACCCUGCUUUUGUGGUGGACUGGCGGGGGCGGUGGGCUGGUGGCCCGCCAGCUGGGACAGGAUACCCCUCGGACAUGUCCUCAGCGUCAUGUCGCUGGCCACCGGGUCUGACCUGUAUGAGCAGGACGGGGCGCUGGUGUACAGGUACAAAUUCUUUAAGGUUCGGGCAGUCCUAUCCAUAGAUGCUACGUCUGGAACUAGGGCCGUACCUGGGCACCUGGUGUCCGCCGUCCUCAAGUUCAGAAAUUUGGCGAGUCUCAUUAGGGGGAGCUGGGUGUCAUAUCCCCCCUUCAAGGCAAUGAAGGAGGGAAUGGUCCGAAGAGAGAGAUAUGUCGGAUGGGUCGCGUCUGGCCGAGGGAACACGCGCAUCUCAAUGACCGGCGGGUACACCCCAGCACCCAGGGGCCAGGGCGGCGGUGUGCCGGCUGCUGGGCGGCCGGGACGCGCUCCGAGCUGGGGAGACGACUGGUCAGCUGUGGACAGCCGGGACACCGUGUUUAGCCCGGGGACUCCAGCGCGGGGGAUCGGUCAAAAGUGGACCGACGUGGCGGGCUUAAGCACUCCCGUGGCGGAACACAUCGUAACGGCAGGUCGUGUUGUAGCGAGAGGGAUCUGGGCAGCUGGUUCAGCGCUGUCUGACUUCGGGCGCUCAACCGCCGAGGCCGCGAGGGCCGUCGGCGGCAUUCUCUCUGCCUAUGAAGUGGCGUCCGUGAACCGCGACGUUUCGAACGGACCGCUCGCCCUCACUUUCAACGUCGGGAAAGAUAGCAACGCCGCCAGGGAGGUGUGGCAGAGCACUCAACCGGCCUCCUAUGACCGAGGGUGGGGGACGUGGGACUGGACGUCCACUGACAUCCUGGCGUACUGGGAGGCCAACUGGGGCGUGUUCUCCCUCUGUUUACGCCUCCACGGCCCGGAUACCGCCUGGGGCAGGACCAUCAGAGCAGUCUAUGAUCUGACCACAGGAUUUGAUGCACUACCUAAAGACUUCCUAGACCGGGUGUUAAAAUUGGCGUGGGCGGCGCGGCCAUCUAGCGAUGGCUUGCAAGAAAUGAUCAGUCGGAACUCUACUAAGACAAUUUCUCCCUAUCCUAGGACACAAACUCCAAGGUCAGUGAUGACCACGGGUCAAUACAAGGAUCUUUGUAAGGGGGAUAACGGUGCCGGGGUGAGAUGUCUGGGGCUGAUGUUGGUCCAGGCGGCCUUAGUGCCUGACGGCAACUCGGAGGUGAGCCCACGCGGCAAAUGUUUCGCCCCCGACGCCCUGUGCCAUGUCAAGGGGGUCGUGACCGGUCUUGCCCGGGGUGGAGGGCCCAUCAUGCUAGGGGCUAUGCUAGCAAAGAAGCUGGGGUGGGGGUUCAGGACGGCCUCAUUCUCUGAAUCCGGCCGAGAGGGGCACGCAUUCAUGGUGACAUUCCCUGAGAGAACAGGCUACGGGAACGGGCGGGGUCUCACCUUCUACUGCAGGCGGAAGGGGUGGGGGCGGUGCGGCCACGUUUUACGCCCUCCGGUCUGGACGGGACCGACAGAAGCUGAGAAGGCGAUAUACAGCGCUGGAGGUGAUUCAAGACCACUUGUCCACUACGGCAUCCCGGAUGAAUCCCGGGAGGAAGCACCGGGUAGCCGAUUGGUUUGACGGGAGCUCUCGGGAUUUUACAUCUUCGCACAAGGGUAGGACGGGGGAAGCAGAUAGGUGGAGGCAUGAGUGAUUCAUGACGGUCGGCAGCGGCAGCAGGGAGGCGAGCAUCCGGUUUUUCGAUAAAAGUAACGUUACGGAUUUCCACCACCUGGCUCGUGCAGCUGUGGUAGUACGUUAGGCCCGGCUGUCCUUGCUGUAGACGAUCAGCCGCCCUUUCCACCCGCGGUCCCGCAGCUUGUCCCGAUGAUGCUUGAGUGUAGGAAGGCGCGAGCGCCUACCACACGCAGGUGCGACAGCAUGGGUUGUCCUAUGCCAAAACCAGUGACAGAAGGGAGGCACAGAUUCAUAUAUAUUUUCGGGAGAUGCUGCAGCAGGGGGGCUGUUUUCAUGAAUAUUUAUGGUUUCUAUGGUUUCUUGGGCAACAGUUGAGGCACCGAUUCGCAUGUGCGCCCUGUUGAGGAUUUGGUCCUUGGACGCUAUUUUGGAGGAAGAAUUUGACAGGUUUUGACGAGUAAUGGUUGGGGUCUUCGUACUUUCCGAAUGCUCGUUUUGAUUGGUCAAGAAGUUGAAACUCCGUUUUCUUCGAGGAUGUUGUGUCAACUUUUUUGAAUCGUUUUUUCCAGAUUUAUUUGUCCGACACCGUUCCGCCCCUUUGCUGAUGUAGCGCAGAUACUUGUUGGGUAGUUUUCUGAGGGUGACCCUUUGUGUUGACGGCUUGAGAUUAGUUCCAGGGGCGAGAACACAUUGGGUUUGUGGAUAAAGUGAUGGAGACGCACUGUGUUUACUGCGUAGCCAGUGUUGUAGAGGAUGUUUAUUGAUCAUUUGUGUUUCUGUGUUGGUUUGAAGAUUAUUCAUAAAAGACUUCCAGAUCGUAUAUUGUACCAAGCAGGGGGGCUGUUUGGGGAACUUGGAUACAAGAUCCGAUAUGGAGAGUACAUAUUUGUGUGGGGGGGGUAUGCUAUUGGGGGUCCAAGUGCGGGGGUCCUCGAGAGAGAGAGAGAGCACGCACAUGUGGGUACUGUCUGCAUAUAUUAUCCUGUGCUGGAACGAGCAUGUGGGUGUGUGAUGAUCAAGGUUGAUGUCAUCCGCAUCGGUCCUGGGUUAACUUAGUCCCCAGACACAUUCAUACUACCGUGCGUGGGCACGGUAGCCUCCGUGGGAAGACACCGGGGCCUCAAGCAACAUUUCGACUUGCUUCCGUCUCACACGUGCAGUAAAGCAUGCAUCAUGUACGCCAGCCUCAGGCUUGCUUGUCGCUUUCUUCGCGGUUGCGGUACCGUUUUGGCGUU